AUGGCACCCAAAACCCCCCUCGACGUGAUCCUAGGCACAAUGACAAUCGGCGAAGCCGGCAAACACGGCGUACGCACCCCCUCGCUCCUAACCUGCUCAUCCCUCCUCUCAACCUUCCAAUCCCACUCCCACACCUCCCUCGACACGUCGCGCGUCUACGGCGGCGGAACAAGCGAAACUCACCUCGCGGCCCUCGACUGGCGCGCCCGCGGGCUAAAAGUACAUACAAAGUUCUAUCCGAAUGUGACGGGCGCGUAUGGGCUUGAGGAAACUCACUUGAGGGUUGGGGAUAUGAGGGAGGCGGUGAAGAAGAGCUGGGAAGCGCUGGGGUUGAAGGAAGGGGAGAAGAUUGAGUUGUGGUAUUUGCAUGGACCGGAUCGGACGGUUGGGUUGGAGGAGGUUUGUAAGGGGGUUUUUGAGCUGUGGCGGGAAGGGUGGUUUGAGGGGUGGGGGGUUAGUAAUUUCAUGGCCCACGAAGUCUCGGCCCUCUGCGAAAUCUGCCUAAAAAACAACUACCCCCUCCCCUCCGUCUACCAAGGCCUCUACAACGCGCUCCACCGCACAAUCGAGCACGAACUCCUCCCCUGCCUCCGCAAAUACAACAUGGCCUUUUACGCAUUCAACCCCUUGGCCGGAGGCUACUUAACCUCGCGCUACUCCCGCUCCACCCCAACCUCUUCCCUCGAGCCGGGCUCGCGCUUCGACCCUUCCCACCUCCAGGGGAAGCAGUACCGGGCGCGGUACUGGAAUGAAUCGUUUUUCGACGCGCUGGAGGUUGUGAGGCCCGUUUUGGAGGGGAAGGGGUUGAGGGAGAGCGAGGUUGCGUUGAGGUGGAUUGGGCAUCAUGGGGGGUUGAAGAGGGAGUUUGGGGAUAAGGUUAUCAUUGGGGCGAGUAGUGUGGAGCAGUUGGAGAUGAAUUUGGGGGAUUUGGAGGGUGGGGAGUUGGAUGGGGAGGUGUUGGAGGUGUUGGAUAAAGGGUGGGAGAUUACUAGGGGGGUUGCUUGGAAGUAUUUCCAUUGA